AUGGAGUCUUUGAACACCGUGGAGCUCCGCGAUUUUGGGGAUGGGAACCGAAGUGCUUCUAAUCAGCCUACAAGUCCCCAUCAGCCAACCCCGUCAGCACCGCGGACAGCAAACAGCGGUGGCAUCGAGAACGCCUCGUUUCAGGAUGAGGAGCAGGAGACGGGGUUUGCCAACAACGUUCAUCGGGGUGAACCAAUUACAGGUCGCCGCGAUUCCACCUACAACAACGCCGGCCACCAGACACAGCCCCAGCCUUUCCAAAGAGACGAAUUAUCUCCUCGGUCGGAUGAGGAGCUGGACGCGGAGACCAGCGGCCAUUCGGUCGACUACGGCUUUAUUUUCGCCCUGGUGUUCCUUGUGAGCGGAAUUGUUCUGGUGGUGAUUGCCUACACCAUCCCCCGCGAAGCUAAGGUCAAUCCGGACUUGGUGACUGCGCGGCAGAUGGAGAAACUGGAGAUGUAUUACGCAGAGCUGGGCUCACACCUAGACAAGUGCAUCAUCGCCGGGCUGGGACUGCUGACGCUCGGGGGUAUGCUGUUGUCAAUGCUACUUAUGGUUUCCAUAUGCAAAGGCGAGCUGUAUCGCAGGAGGACUUUCGCAAUGUCCAGAAGGCCGAGAAAAACCUACGGAUCUAUAAAUCUGCGCAUGAGACAGCUAGAGGGAGAGGGCAGGGAUUCUCUUGUGGAAUGUGAGCCUGUUCCAGCAACGACGGUCACUGUCACCAGCGCAGAGGGGGCGAGCUAAGUUAUUUCUGCUACAGUAGCGUAGCCACAUCACAAGGGAAGGUUAUUAUAGUGUAGAAGGGCCUUAAGCAAGUGUGGAGUUGAGUCCAGAGAUCAAAGGAAAAAAAAAUUAUUUAUAAAAUGACUCCUUUUACUCUAGUAGCACACACACACACACACACACACACACACACACACA